ACUGAUGUAUUUUUGUGUCUGUGUCCAAUUGUGUGUGUGUUUGUGUGCGCGCGUGCGAAACUGGGGAAGCCAGGAAAUCUUCAGGAAUGAAUAAAAGUUUAGCACUGUGCCAAACUAUGCCUUGUACUUCCUCAGAAACUUUACUUCAGGCUUCCGUUUUUUCCUCAGAACACUAGAGAAGAUUUUCUCAAUGCAUUUGAGACGCCUAACAACUUGCAAAAAGAGCCUUCCGUGAUUCUCAUUGUGCCUGAGAACUUUUCAAUUGAACUCAAUGAGAAUGAAGGGUAUUUAUACUACAUGGACUUUACAGGAUCUGGCUUUGUGCAUAAUAGCAGUAGUGUUCUGUUCCACACAGGGUUCGGUAAUGACAAGCAAUCAAGAUGUGGAAUUAGGUGGCAAUGUCACUUUGAGAUGUUUAUUCCAACAGCCUCAUAUUUACCAAGUUACAUGGAGAAAAAAAAAGAAUGGAAAUGAUGAAAACAUUGCAACAUACAAAAAAGAUACAGGUUCAACUGUUUUAAAAUACAAAGAUCGAAUCAAUUUUAUAAUUGGGAGCCCUCAAGAUACUGCUAUUAAUUUGUUGAAUGUGAGCACUGAAGAUAAUGGUUGCUACGAGUGUGCAUUUCUUUUGUUUCCUAUAGGGCCUGUCAUAGGACAACCCUGUCUUUCUGUUUAUGAUGAUCUCAAAACAUCUAUAGACUACAACGUCUCUGAUAAUCAUUUGCAUGCCAAAUGUUUAGCAACUGGUUUUCCAAGACCGAACAUUUCAUGGUUUCCAUCAGGAGGUGAAAAGAAAGAAAAGGAUAUCACAAACCCAAAUGGCACAUUAUCGGUCAUAAGCAACAUUUUAAUAAGCAAAUCAAAUGUUGAACAAGGGCUGACUUGCCACAUUUCUCACAGAGGAAAAAUGAUAAGCCUUGAAGUGCUAGGAAAAGAAAUAGACCAUACAAAAAUAUCUUUUCCUGUGGUACCAGUUGUAUUGGCUUUGAUUCUUGUGAUCCUAGUUAUUGUUGUGAGUGUAUGCUGCUGGAGACGACAAAGGAAAAAACAUAGAGGAUUCUAAGGAAUUCAGCCAGCACCAGUUUACACUAUGGAACUGAAAAACAAUCAACCAUGCAUAUUAUGAAGGCAGCAACAGUUUAAAUGAAUAUGUGGUCCACGUUCUGCUUCACUACUUGCCUUAAAAAGAUGCUUACAUUUCUCUGGUGACAUGGUUGAGCUUUCCACUGUACAGUGAAAUGGAUUGGCUGUUAGCUACCAAAUCAUCCAGCUAAAAGAAAGAUUUCAAGAGUGACCUGUAAUUUUAGAGUUUUCAGUGAUCGUGUUCAGUGGCUGAUUGUGAUCAUCCUUAUUCCUAGAGAUGUGGGAGAAUGGUUAGAUUAUCAACUCUGGACCACUGAUCAGAUUCAUGCUUGGUAGCUAAAGGAAAGUCUGUUCUUCUCUGCCUUCUUGUCCCCAUCCAGUACAACACCAAAUAUAGAUUUCCUACAGUUUAGAACUGUAUAAUUUUUAAUAGAAAACUUGUUCUAUAUUUCUACGAUGGCAGUUCUAUCAGGAUUGGUAAAGCUUUUAAGUCUCUGCACUGAAGUUUUUUGUGAAAGAUUCUACAUAUGUGCAUUAUUUAUAAACAAAUGUCCUACAGGUAUUUCUCACAUUAAUUUCCUAAACUAUUGAUAGAAAAGUUCUUUAUACAUAUAACCCAGUGGUGCGUUGCCCCCGGUUCGAACCGGUUCGCAAGAACCGGUAGUAAAACCGGCGGGAGGCCCCGCCCACCACCCCGGAUGUCGUCAUCGGUGAUCUGCACAUGCGCAGAAGCUUCUGCACAUGUGCAGAAGCAAGGCACGCAUGCUUGCUUUGCUCGCUCGCAUGCAUGAUCCCAUUGCGAACCGGUAGUAAAGGUAAGUAGAACCCACCCCUGAUAUAACCAUAUAAUUUUUUAAUAAAAUACCAUGCGGUAUAUGUGCCUAUUAGUAACAUGGAUCUGAAUGGUUCUAUUUAUGCUAAAUACUCAAUAGUCAAUCAUGCUGCUAUUAUAGUAGGUAGGAGACAACUGACUAGAGAAGCUCUCAUCCAUCAGAAAUAUUCCCACUUUUAAGUAGAGAAUUCUAGAUAUUUUCUGAGGUUGACUUUCAAUGUUCUGCAUAAUACAACUUAUAGGGCUGUUCUGAAAUGAGGAAAGAAACAUACUUCACGCUUAACUAAAGAACAUGUAGUUUUCAUUUAGUGAUCACAACUUAGGUCAGCAACUCAAUUGUUAAGUGAACUGUUCAUUAAAUGAAACUGCACUGUGAUUACAAUUUUACUUCACUUUGCUUUGCUUUACAGACCUGCAAGGGUUAAUAAAAUAUAAAUAUUGUAAUUUUUUAAAUCAGCAUCACUAUUUGGUAUAGUGGUUAAGGUGCUGACCUAGACACCAGCAGCCUGGGAGUUUUAGUUCCACCUUGGGCAUGGAAACUGGCUGGGUGAUUUUGGGCCAAUCACAUACUCUCAGCCCCACCCACCUCACAGGGUUGUUGUUGUGGGGAAAAUAGGAGGAGGAAGGAGUAUUAGAUAUGUUCACUGCCUUGAGUUAUCUACAAAGGUGGGAUAAAAAUUUAGCAAAAUAAAUAAGUAAAUAGAUGUGAAUGAGGCAUUUGCUAAACGAGGCAUUUGCUAAAUGAGGAUUACCUGAACAUUUCCUUACAUAAUUCAAAGUGCUGACUUUUGUUUAUUUAAUAAAAUAUCAUUUGUAUGCAAUUCCAAAAA